ACGGACGAUGCAUUUUCAAUUGAAACGUUGGCGCCAUUGCUGAAGCAAUUAAAUUAAUACCGAAACGGAUAUUCAGGGAGAUGCGUGAAUGAAGGCGCUUUGAUGUGGUGUACAUGCAUAUCUAGAUAAAAAAAUUCCUCAUUGAAGAAUGAAUUUAUCACGAGACUCAUACGGUUUGCAGCGCAAUGGAACGUCGAAGAUGUUGAUCUACGAUGUGCUGCAAAAGAGAAAGGUAUAUCACACCGUUGUCAGCGAUCUCAGAGACUUCGGAGUCAAAUAUCGCUUCAAAAAGAGCAUGCUUAAGUGCGAAACAGUUGAGUGUAAAAAUAUUUCGAAGAAAAUUUUCAAAACACCCCUCUAUUAUCAACCCUUGGGCAUUGUGAGUCUAUCAUCAGGCGCCAUAGUCCAUGUACCUGUGUUUGUAAUUCAAGCUUCCACAUUUCUGGAAGAGCACUUCGCUCAGGAGGGUCUCUUUAGAAAAGCCGGCUCUCAAACAAGACAGAGAGAAUUAAUGGCCCGUUUAGAUAACGGUGGUUGUUUAGGCGAGAAAAAUGACGCGGUCGACGUUGCCAAUUGCCUGAAGUCCUUUUUCCGUGACUUACCAGAACCAUUGAUCCCAUAUACUUAUCACGACUUGUUGGUACACUGUGCGUUGCUCAAAAAUCAUCGGGUACAGGCAUUGCUGUUGGCAUGUACACUGCUACCACCGCAUCAUUUGAAUACCUUAGCAUUUUUUAUGGAAUUCUUGAAGAAGGUUUCCAUGUACGAGAAACUGAACAAGAUGAGUGUUGAGAAUUUGGCAAAAGUCAUUGGACCAAAUAUCAUGCCUCUGCAAGAAACAUCCAUGUCGGCUGUACGGAAUAGAUUGGAAAUGCAUCUAACUAUUAUUAAGAUUCUGAUUGAAAAUUCAGAAAAUAUUGGUGUCCUACCAUCUCAUAUUGCUCAAAGCAUUUCUGCUGAAACAGGUGACAGUACGGACAAUGGAUUAGAUUCGAUCGAACUACAUAGGAAACAUAAAAAGAAACAUCGUAGUGGAAGUCUCACGAGAAUGUUCAAUGGUUUGAAGAAAAUGGUUGGAAAAGGCACAGAUGAUACAUCUAACAUUCUUGCACAACCUCCUGUACAUCAAUUACAGUCAAAUGUGACUUCAAACAGAUUUACCAAAAAACGGAUAAUCAAGAAAGAAUAUUCUCCAAAUAUAAAGAAAAAAAAAAUGACUGAUAAAUUAGACAAAGCGAAGAAACUAAGACUGAGUUUAGACAAAUUUGUACCUAGAAACAAACAAAGAAGUAUAGAUGAUAAUUUAUCAGAUUCAGAUACAGAUACUUACAAUGUAGACACAAAUGAAAGACAUUGGAGUUCAGUAAACAAUUCUUUUGAUACACCGAAAAUAUGUGAAUGCAAAAAGAAAAUAUCAGAUCUGAAGUAUGACGAACAGUUAAAUAAUGAUUUUCACCAGGAAUAUAACAAUGUAUUUAUUAAUGCCGUGGAUUUAUCUGUUGAUGAUAAUAAACAAGACUUUCUUUUAAAAAGUUGUGGAAGAGAUGAUCAAUGGCGUAUAAAUAUAAGCACAGAUUCAAGAAAUUUGGAUGCUGUAGAUGAAAGCUAUAACUUGAUGCUCGAGGAAAAGACUGAUUUGGAAGAAUUCAAUACAUUUCUUCCUAAUAGUGACAUAAUAUCUUCAUCAAGUGACCACUGUGAAGAAGAUUAUGUUAGAAUCCCAAAGAGUGAAUACGAAGAUAUAAAAAAUCGAGUUUCUGCAAUUGAAUCACGUAUUUCUCAAGAAUUUGGAUGUAUAUACAACGAGGAAAAUAAUAUAACUACACAUUCGCUAAAUAAUGUACAAACAGCAUACGAGAAAACAUUAGAAGAGGCUAGUAUCGAGAAUACAUUGACAAACGAUUAUUUAGCAAAAAGACUGAGCAAAGAAUUAAAGAUCAGAAGAUCGGGAGAACACAAAAUAAUAAGAUCUCCCAGCGCAAGAAAAAUUGGAUCAUUAAGAAGACGUUCACAAGAGAGAACCACAAGCAAACGUGUUAGAAGAACUGCAUCAUGGCAUACUUCUCCAGAAGUAAACUUACAUCACAUUCAAUUUGAAAGAAAUGUCAAUAUUUAUCCUAUUGAAAAACAAUUUAUUUCUUCUAAUGAAUAUUUAGAGGAGCAAUCUCAUUCUAUAGAAAAACAUGAUGGAAUUAUUUCCAAUGAUAUGACAAACGAGAUAGCCUGUUUACAUAAUCAAAUUAAUACAAUGAUUUCUCAUUCAAAUAAACGACGCAAACGCAGAAUUUCAAAUAAUAGUGAUUUGGAUCUUUCUGGAUUUAAAGAUCUGCAUUUAAAUAAUAGCCAUACAAGCAAAUCUGUGCGUAGAGCAUCAUCUUUUCAUGGAAAACAUUUUGUAGAUAAUUCAUCUUAUUUCGAUAAAAAGAUUGAAGAUUUAAAAAAGACAAAUAGUCAUCAAAAUAUAAUUUUAAACAAUGAUUAUUCACAAAAAGAUAAAAUUUCUUCCGAGAAUUCGAAUAAAAUAUCUUGGAAAGAUGCAGAUAAAUAUUUUAAAUCAGAGUCCCGAACAAAUACACCUGCUCCACAGACAGGCAGAGCAUCUGUUGCAAAACUUCGAACGCAAAAUGCCGGUAUGGUAUUAGCCAAAGCGCGAUUAUUUGAUGAAGGUACAACAAGAGCAUCAGAAUUUACAUCGAAUAAUGUAUCAAAUAGGAAAUAUGGUCAUGAUAAUGUAAAUAAACAUUCUUUGAAUGCAACUAAAGAAGUGAAUACAAAUACGGAACAUUUCAAAAAGUCAUGUAACAGGGGACAAAUCUCUCGAAAGAAGAAUUGUCAAGCGUCUCCAAAUUCGUUAUCGCAAAUUAAAACGCAAAUAGCAGAUACAUCAUUGAAAUUCCAGAAAGAAUUCGAUGAGCAUUAUUAUUUUACAAAAAAAUUUAAACAGCAAAAUCUGAAAUUUUCGAAUAAGGAUCCAAUUAUACAUCCAACUUUUACUAAAGAUAAAGAGAUUAAUGUUACACAGAGUACAAAAAUUCAUCAGAAAGAAAACAUUACUCCAAAAGCAUCGCCUUUGACGAAGAUGUCUGCUAGUAUAGUAUUAGAAAGUUCAAACAAAUCUCCUUAUAAAUCAGAUAGUAAUAAAACUCCGCACAUUAAGCGAGCGUUAACAGUGAAAACACCAAAAAGUUCCAAAAUAGUGCGUAGAGCUCCAGUUGACACGCGUAGAACGCCAAUGAAAGCUAUGGCACAAAUAGGAACCCCGAAACGUCAAAGUCCUAAAUGUAUCUUGAAAACACGAACUCCGACUAUGUCAAGAUACAAGCAGAAAGUAUAAUUAUAAAUACUAUAUGUUAGUCUCGUGCAUAUAUUGUUUUAAUUGUAAAAUUUUUAUACAUUUUUUUUUAUAUAAUAAGUAUAUUUUUUGCGGUGUCUUUAAUAUAUAUUAGCAAAAUAUACAGAAGUUAUUACAAAUAGAAAUAACAUAUUGCAAACAAAAACUGAUAAUCUAUGUGAUGCAUUUAAUAUCACAUUUGAAAAAGUGAUGAAAAAUGCUCCUCUGGAUUAUACAUCUCUCUGUAAUUUAGCAAGUUUACCUUUUUUAAGGAAUAAAACAUGCAAUUAUUAUUUGAAAUCUCUCUAAAGCAAUUUGUUGCAUACAUAAUUGCAUAUAUUUUCAUAUAAGUUUUCAUUUAAAUAUAUAAUCAUUAAAUUUAUUGUCAUUCAAUGACAUGUAUAUUAAAUUUUAUCAAAUCUACAUGCAAUAUUCAUAUCAUUGCUCGUUAAUAUGUGACAUAAAUCACUACAAUGGACAUUUUUUAUUUCUGUAUGUAUAAAUUACAAAAAAAAAUAUUAAUUUACAU